ACGAGCUACUUGCGGCGGGGGCCAACGCUGGAGGAUAAACAUCACCCAAAGCCCCGAACCAGGAAAGCAAAAAAAAGUGAGCAGCGAGCCACCAUUAAUCAUCAAAUUUAAGAGGAGCGAACAAUCACCAAACCAAGGCAGCUCUCCCGUCUCCAGCUCUAGCUAGCCACCGCCGCCGCCCAGCAGGAGGAGGAAGAGAUCGAAGAGCUACUAGAUCAAGCAAGCAAAGCGACGUACGAUCGAGUGACCAGCAGCAGCAGCCACACCAUGAGCGUGGUGGUCCUGGACGGCUCGACGGUGCGCGGGUUCGUGGCGGACGAGCCGGCGUUCGCGCGCAGCGUCGACGCGCGCUUCGCGGCGCUCGACGCCAACGGCGACGGCGUGCUGUCCCGCGCCGAGCUCCGCCGCGCGCUCGAGUCGUUCCGCCUCCUCGACGGCGCCGGCUUCGGGUCCGCGGACCCGGCUCCGCUCCCCGGCGAGGUCGCCGCGCUCUACGACGCCGUCUUCGAGCAGUUCGACGCCGACGGCAGCGGCGCCGUCGACCGCGCCGAGUUCCGCGACGAGAUGCGCCGCAUCAUGCUCGCCGUCGCCGACGGGCUCGGCUCCCAGCCCAUCCAGGUCGCCGUCGACGACGAGGGCGGCAGCUUCCUGCUCGAGGCGGCCGAGCACGAGGCCGCCGAGAUCGCUGCCAGGGUCCAAGCCGACCGCAGCAAGGUCAAGGCCGAGGCCGAGGCGGAGGCCGCCGCUGCUGCUGCUGCCGCCGCCGGCCCCAAGUGACGACGUGUCCACGUGCCGACGUGGCAGUCGGUGUGCCGCUGCACGUGUACGGUGUACGUAACCACAAGCAGCCAGCAGGUCGGUGGCGCUGGUGUGCUGAGAGAAAUAACUGCUCAUACUACUUGCGAGUUGUCAACGGAAUAAAAUGUACUACUGCGCUCAACUUCACUAGUAAAGCUGUUUUUUAAAAAUAGUUUCAUGAGCGACUUUUUACAUGAAGCUGAGCUGUUUU